UUUCAUAGUCACUUUGGAAAAUCAAACAAAUUGAAAAAAAAUUAUUAUAACAUGUGGCCAAAAAACGAUUUUAAACGGAAGCAUUGUAGAAUUGGUUGAAUGGCCGCUAGAAAAAGAAUAACCACACAUCCCAACAAUGGGCGAAGACGUGAUCGAGAUCGGGACAAAGAGCGAACCCCACGUUCCAGUGCCAGUGGUCCAUACUGGAGAAACAUGACGCCCGAGUUGGAGCGUGGCGCUGCAACGUCAACUCCCAGCGUCGUCAAGGGCAAACCAACGAAUGGCAUCCAAUCUGCAUCCGUUAUCCUAUCCAAUCGCUUGCCAAAGAACAGCGGCAGUCGUGUUCGUAUUGAAGGCCGCGUGACCCCAUCGAGCCGCAACUCAUUGGAAAUGGCUGGCAAAAUGUCUGGAGGGCCGCAGCUAUUUGUGGAAGUGGCGGCAGCAACUGCUGCAGCGCAAUCCCCACGCAAAGCGAGUAUCACCGACUCGAGUAAGACCAAGACUGUGGCUAGCACACGCUCCUUGGGGUCAAAGAAGGCCUCAGUUGACCCAUCUCCGGCCACAAGUCCGACGGCCGCACGAACUGGAAUAAAAUCUGCUGGUCCGUCACAGUCAAAGUUAGAGGAUUAUGAGAAAAUUCCAACGCCACCGUCAUCAGCUUCGGCAAGUCCUUCGAAAACUGUCAGUCCGUUGAAAGUUGUGACACCAAAAACUAGCGUAAAGCAAUUGUUGGCUUCACCCCCAGAAGAGCCUCUUGAAGAUGACAAUGAUGAUCAAACCGAUGAGAAGGGUCAGGAGAAAGUGGAGGAUGUUGAUGGACAGAAGAUGGCCAUGUGCAUGCCCAAUAUGAAACUGUUUCCAUGUUUUCGUGGCGAAUAUCCCACACGACAUCGCCCGGGCACCUAUCAAUGGUUGCAGCGCACCGGUCCCAAGGGCAGUCAAGUGAUGGCCGUAUGCGAAUGCGAUGACGACCAGGCCAUCACCACCGAGGGCAACAUUAUCGCAUCCUGCGAGGUCACUGAGGCGCAUUUUUUGAGCAUUGAUUGCGAUGAUGAGAACAAAGUUGGAGCUCCUUCCGGUCCUACACCUUGUAAUGAGUUUAAUUCGACGAAUUUCGAUACUGGAGCUACUUCCUAUAUGUAUGCCUUUCCCCAAUCGGGGGCAGGACCAGCAGACAUGGAUGCCUAUCAACCGCAAAUUUUUCCUUGCCCAGCCAUGCAACAGCAUCAUCAUCAUCAGCUUCAGCCGCUCCAAGGGCAAUCUCAAUGUCGACAAUGUUGCCCGAAUCGCCAGACGGAGCAAAAUCAAACCGUGUGUUUUAGUAUGCAACCGGAAAAGCAACAAAGAUUUUCCAAUGGCAAUGCCAAAUCGAAUCCAAAUGGUAAUGGAUUAACCGAAAUGUUAGCCCAACAAUUGCAACAACAAAUGCAACAGGCUCAGGCCCAGAUAGCCCAAGUGCAAAACCAGUUGAACAGCGCCUGUGGGGCAACAAGAGUCCGUAAGUUGCAAGUUCUAUCGCAAAGUACACAAAAUGUGGGCGAAACUCUGCCCGAAGAGGAAGAGCAACAGCAACAAGAUGAAGACGAAGAAGAUGUAGAGGAAGAGGAAUCACCCGAUGAUAAUGGCAAUGAUUUGCAAUUACCGUGCGCUUGUAUUGCCGAACAGUUUCGACUCCAGCAGCAACAGCAACAGCAACAACAACACCACCAAUUCCAACAACAAGCAGCCUAUUUAGCCACACCACCAUCAAUCCAAAUAACUGCACCACAGGCAUUUAUGUUUCCAUACCAAACGUCGGCUCCCAUGCAAUUUGGUUGCUAUCCCAUGCCAUUUGCCCCACAAGAGCAACAAUGUCCACCUAUUCCCACCAUCAGUUGCCCAUAUCAGAGUCAGCAGCAACAGCAAUUGCCACAGCAACCAUCUUGCCAUCAAAGCCAUUUGCAGCAACAAUCGUCACAAAGCAAUUCACAACAGAAUAUGUGUCCACACGGCAAUCAUUUCUGUCCCAGCUGCAACUAUCGUCAGCGUUAUGCCCAAAUGCGUUUCAUGAUGCCCAGAUGUUGGCCGCGUUAAGUUCCCAAAAGUAUCGCAUGUUGCACAGAUUUAACACUAACAGCGAACCAACCACGCACCCACCACAAAUCCUUAUUCAAUCCACAAGAAAUCUCUGCAACAUGCGAUAUUUUUGUGAGCGCCGAAAAUUAUGCAAUACUUCCGUUUAACUUUGAUUUCCAUUUCGUGUUUUGCUUUUUUCCCCCUAACAAAAUUUUUAGGAAAAAUUUGUCAAAUACAAAGAAAUAAAAAUAAAAUCUCUUCUCAUUCAUUUGAGAAAAUCGUAGAAUAAAAAUCUAUAAUAUAUA